AUGGCUGCAGCAGCGCCGGCCACACCCACCGUGUCUAGGAGGGAGUCUCCUGGCAGGUGGGACCCGGGGGAGGACCCCACAGGCCGGGGCCCCUCGCUGCAGUGCCUGGUGUGUGGGGACAGCAGCAGCGGGAAGCACUAUGGCGUGUACGCCUGCAACGGCUGCAGCGGCUUCUUCAAGAGGAGCGUGCGGCGGAGGCUGGUCUACAGGUGCCAGGUGGGGGCUGGGCUCUGCACCGUGGACAAGGCCCACCGGAACCAGUGCCAGGCCUGCCGGCUGAAAAAGUGCCUGCAGGCGGGCAUGAACCAGGACGCCGUGCAGAACGAGCGCCAGCCCCGAAGUCUGGCCCAGGCCCGCCCAGACGGCCCUGUGGCACCGCCCGAGCUGGGCCGGGAACUCCUGCUGAUUCCCCCGGCUGCCCCGGGCCCCAGUCCUCGGGGCGAACCCCCCGUUUCUGCACCCAGAGCCCUGGCACCUUCCAGCCAGCGCCACUUCACAGCCAGCCUGAUCUCGGGGGAAACUGGGGCAAAGCUGGAGCCAGAAGAUGCUGACGAGAACAUCGACGUCACCAGCCACGAGCCCGAGCUCUGUGCCUCGCCGUGUGGCCUGGACAGCACCCACGAGACGUCAGCCCAGCUGCUCUUCAUGGUCGUCAAGUGGGCCAAGAGCCUGCCGGUGUUCCCCAGCCUGCCCUUCAGGGACCAGGUCAUCCUGCUGGAGGAGGCAUGGAGUGAACUCUUCCUCCUUGGGGCCAUUCAGUGGUCCCUGCCUCUGGACAGCUGCCCCCUGCUCGGCCCCCCACAAGCCUCAGCCACUGGCAGCUCCCAGGGCCGACUGGGGCUGGCCAGCACAGACGCCCGCACGCUGCAGGAAAUCAUCUCCCGGUUCCGGGCACUGGCGGUGGACCCCACUGAGUUCGCCUGCAUGAAGGCGCUGGUUCUCUUCAAACCAGAAACUCGGGGCCUGAAGGAUCCUGAGCACGUGGAGGCCUUACAGGACCAGUCCCAAGUGAUGCUGAGUCAGCACAGCAAGGCUCACCACCCCAGCCAGCCCGUCAGGUUUGGGAAGUUGCUCCUGCUCCUCCCCUCUUUGAGGUUUAUCACGUCUGAGCGCAUUGAGCACCUCUUCUUCCGCAAGACCAUAGGGAAUACUCCAAUGGAGAAGCUCCUUUGUGACAUGUUCAAAAACUGAAAACGGAAGUGAAGUGGGCAGAGCCACUUUAGAGAACUAUACUGAAGCUAAGCAGUUAUCUAUCCUUUAACCCGGCCAGAAAGGC